GAAACAACAGCGUUUCUUCGGUACAUUCCAAAGCGACUUCGAUCCCUGGAAAAGUAGAUCUGCCGCUUUUCCAUUCCGAUGUUCCCCCAAACCCCGUCGACUUUCACCCCAAAACGGUAGUACCCAGAAAUGGCGGCUUGAAAGGGUGCCGAACCGUCGACCUUCGACAAGUGGUCCAGCUUCGAGCUUUCGCGUAGGAAGAACUCGACCACCGACCGCCAUCUUUGAUCUGCGCGGCCGUCACAAAGCUCGCCGUUCUGUGACCGUUCUCGCGCAUGCUGUGGUUAGCGGAGGGGGCCUGCAGGGCUCAGACAUCUCAAAUCCGGACGUGUUACCGUGAGGUACGUUACAUGCCAGUUUGCGUCUAAGUGAUUUUCCCCCAAUUUGAACGGGAACAAGUCGAUUUUCCACCGGAAAAGUUGCAUGUGUCGUCGCGUUCAGUGUGUACGUAACCGGAUUUUAAGUGAAUGGUGUGCAGAAGUGAGAGAAUCAGUGUGACCCAUGAGGGUAGUUAAACUAAAAUGUGGUUUACGGACUAUAAGAACAAGGAUUAUCACACAUUUUGGAUUAUAGCAUCUUGGUUCGUUCUUGUACUUUGCUUGCUGCCACGAGAAGCAACAGCUUUCGUGUCAUGUUCGCCAAGCCCUUGUAAAAACGGGGGUACAUGUUUGUCUCCACUGAAAGGCGACUCAUUUUGCAAUUGUACGUCCAAGUACGUUGGUGAAUUCUGCCAGUACCUGAAUCCUUGCCACACAGGACCCGGACCUCGCUGUCAAAAUGGCGGUUCCUGCGAGGUUUUGCUCACCACCGACGGUUCCCCGACGUUCAACUGUAACUGCCCUUUCGGUUUUAGCGCGUCACUUUGCGAAAUCCCGAUUCCGAACAGCUGCGACAGAAAGCCAUGCUUGAACGGCGGGAUAUGCUCCUUGCUCUCCCUGGAGGAGUACCAGUGUUCCUGCUCGCCUGGUUACACCGGAAAACAUUGCGAAAAACAGGACCAUUGCGCUUCACAACCCUGUCGAAACGGUGCUGAGUGCAUAUCGGUCGGUGAUUCGUACAAAUGUCGUUGUGCACCAGGAUUCACAGGACCUUCUUGCAAAGAGGACAAGGACGAAUGCAAGAGGAAUCCCUGUAUCCAUGGGCUUUGCCACAACACCCACGGCAGCUACACGUGUACAUGCGAGGAAGGAUACACUGGUCAAAAUUGCGAGAGCGAGUACAUCCCCUGCGAUCCAAGUCCGUGCCUGAAUGGUGGUCUGUGUCACCAGAGGGACAAACACACAUACACCUGUGAUUGCCCGACAGGUUUCCGUGGUCCCAAUUGUGAGGAGAACAUAGACGACUGUCCCGGCCACAAAUGUAUGAACGGUGGAAAGUGCAUAGACGGCAUCAACAGCUACAGUUGUCAAUGUCCAUCAACUUACAGCGGCCGUUUCUGUGAACAGGAUGUGGACGAAUGUUCUAUGAGACCUUCUGUAUGUCAAAACGGGGCAACUUGCACCAACAGCCAUGGCGGGUAUUCCUGUAUUUGUGUUAACGGUUGGACUGGACCUGAUUGCUCGGAAAACAUCGAUGAUUGCGCUGGAGCUGCCUGCUUCAAUGGAGCCACAUGCAUAGACAGGGUUGGAAGCUUCUACUGUCAGUGUACACCCGGAAAAACAGGAUUGUUGUGCCACUUGGACGAUGCAUGUACCAGUAAUCCCUGUCAUGCAGAUGCAAUUUGUGACACAAGUCCCAUAAAUGGUUCGUACACUUGCAGCUGCGCAUCUGGAUACAAAGGACUGGAUUGCUCGGAGGACAUCAACGAAUGCGAACAAGGAUCUCCUUGUGAACACGACGGCAUCUGUGUCAAUACUCCUGGAAGCUUUGCGUGCAACUGCACUCAGGGUUUCACAGGACCAAGAUGUGAGACCAACGUCAACGAAUGUGAAUCACAUCCAUGUCACAACGAUGGUUCCUGUUUGGAUGACCCAGGAACGUUCAGAUGCGUUUGUAUGCCAGGUUUCACCGGUACACAAUGCGAGAUCGACAUCAACGAAUGCAAAGACAAUCCCUGCCUGAACGGUGGCAUCUGCCACGACCUCAUAAGUUCCUUCAAAUGCACAUGUGCCAAAGGCUUUACCGGUUCCAGAUGUCAAAUCAACAUAGACGACUGCCUAUCCAGCCCCUGUCAAAACGGGGGCAUCUGUCAUGACUCUAUAGACGGCUACACUUGCGAGUGUCCCGAAGGAUUCACAGGUGCUUCCUGUGAGACUAACAUCAAUGAUUGUCAAUCUUCCCCUUGCAUUCACGGUGAAUGCAUUGAUGGGAAAAACGUCUUCAGCUGUACUUGUCAUCCAGGUUACACAGGCUUCCUGUGCCAACAUCAGAUCAAUGAAUGUGCCUCGAACCCUUGUCAGUAUGAUGGGGUCUGCCAGGACUUGGUCAACGGCUACCAGUGUCUCUGCAAAGCUGGCACUUCUGGUCAGAACUGCGAGAUCAACGUCAACGAGUGCUAUAGCAACCCCUGCAGAAAUAAUGCAAGAUGUGUAGAUGGGAUCAACAGCUACACUUGCGAAUGUCUACCUGGCUACACUGGGAAACUCUGCGAAAACGAUAUAGACGAAUGCGCUUCGAAUCCUUGCGCCAACGGUGGCAUGUGCAUAGACCUGGUGAACGGUUUCAGAUGCGAGUGUCCUAGAGGUUACUACGACGCUAGAUGUCUGAGCGACGUGGACGAGUGCAAAUCCAACCCUUGCAAGCAUGGAGGAAGCUGUGAAGAUGGCGUCAAUCAGUUCAUCUGCCACUGUCUCUUAGGUUAUGGUGGCAAGCAGUGUGAGAUCAACAUCGACGAGUGCGCCUCUAACCCAUGUCAACAUGGAGGUAUCUGCCACGACCAUCUGGCCUCUUACACUUGUGAAUGCCCAGCAGGUUACACCGGUAUCAACUGUGAGACCAACAUCGACGAUUGCGAGGUAAAUCCUUGCAAAAACGGCGGAUCCUGUAUAGACCUAGUCAAUGACUACAAGUGCGUCUGCAAGCUGCCCUUCACCGGCAGAAAAUGCGAAGACAAACUAGACCCUUGCUCGCCCAACCAAUGCAGACACAACGCCAAAUGCACGCCAAGCUAUAACUACAUGGACUUCGCCUGUACUUGCAGCGUUGGAUACACCAGCAGACUGUGUGAACUCGAUGUGGAUGAGUGUGCUGUUUCAAAACCUUGCCGUAACGGAGCCACCUGCAAAAACACUAAUGGGUCUUACCAUUGCAUCUGUGCCAGAGGGUACGAAGGGAAGGAUUGCUCCAUCAACACCGAUGAUUGUGCCUCAUAUCCAUGCCAAAAUGGUGGAACUUGUCUGGACGAUAUUGGAGACUAUUCCUGCCUCUGCAUGAACGGUUUCGAAGGUAAACAGUGCGAAAUCGACAUUGACGAGUGCGCCUCCCACCCUUGCCAAAACGGAGCCACCUGCAACCAAUACGUCAACUCCUACACUUGCACCUGCCCUCUGGGUUUCUCCGGUAUAAACUGCCAAACCAACGACGAGGAUUGUACCGGCAGUAGUUGCAUGUACGGUGGAACUUGCAUUGACGGCAUCAACUCCUACAGCUGCACUUGCAAACCAGGAUACACUGGAUCGAACUGCCAGAAUAGGAUCAAUCUCUGCGAUAGCUCACCAUGUUUGAACGGCGCUACGUGUCAAGACCACACUACACAUUACACCUGUCACUGUCCUUCUGGAUAUACCGGAAAGGAUUGCGGAGAGUAUGUUGAUUGGUGUGCCACUGAUCCUUGUGAGAAUGGAGCCACUUGUAACCAGAUCAAGAACAACUACCACUGCUCUUGCGCUCCUGGCUGGACUGGCAAAGUGUGCGAUGUGGAAAUGGUUAGUUGUAAGGACGCCAGUAUGAGAAAAGGUGUAUCUUUGAUGAGGUUGUGUAACAACGGUACUUGCGAGGACAUCGGCAACUCCCACAGAUGUCACUGCUUGGAAGGGUACACCGGUUCAUACUGUCAAAAAGAGAUCAACGAGUGUGAAUCAGCUCCUUGUCAGAACGGAGCUACUUGUCGAGACUUGGUUGGUUCAUAUUCAUGCCAGUGCACCAAAGGCUUCCAAGGUCAGAACUGCGAAUUGAACAUCGACGAUUGCAUACCCAACCCCUGUCAGUUCGGAGGUACUUGUCACGAUCUGGUCAACAACUUCCUAUGCUCCUGUCCACCAGGCACUUUAGGAUAUCUCUGCGAGAUAAACCCAGACGACUGCAGAUCAGAUUCUUGCCACAACAACGGUACCUGCAUCGAUAAGGUAGGCGGUUUUGAGUGUCAGUGUCCUCCAGGUUUUGUUGGACCCAGAUGCGAAGGUGACAUCAACGAGUGCUUAUCCAACCCUUGCUCGAACGCUGGAACUCUAGACUGCGUCCAAUUGGUUAAUGAUUACCACUGCAACUGCAAGGCUGGCUACAUGGGACGCCACUGCGAACUCAAGGUCAACUUCUGCGCAAACUCUCCCUGUCAGAACGGUGGUAUAUGCACUGCAAUCCACGCAGGACACAAGUGUACCUGUCGCGAAGGUUUCUAUGGAAAGAACUGUGAGUUCAGUGGUUAUGACUGUGACUCUAACCCAUGCAUGAACGGAGGCAAGUGUAACCUCGCAGAUGGGGGUGGCUAUGUGUGCAAGUGCCCCGUAGGACUUACUGGUACCCACUGCGAAAUAGAUUCGUUGGAUGAGUGCUUGAGCAAUCCUUGCAAACACCCGGAUGCUACCUGUCAGGACAAACUGGGAGACUAUGUUUGUUUCUGUCCGGCCACUAGAACUGGAAAGAACUGCGAAAUCUACGAUCCCAACGUGCCCGCUGGGUAUGGACAACCUAUAAGGGGUAGGCAGGACAUCAGCUCCUUCUACAUGAAAGAUCUGGAACGACAGAGACAGGAGUGUUUGAACAACAAGUGUCCGUUGAAGAAGGGUAACCAUAAGUGUGACGAAGAGUGCAACACCUACGCUUGUGAUUUUGACGGUAACGAUUGCACCCUAGGUAUAAAUCCUUGGAUAAACUGCACGGCACCUAUAAGAUGCUGGGAAGUGUUUAUGGACGGUGUGUGCAAUGAAGACUGCAACAACGCUGCUUGUCUGUUCGAUGGACGUGACUGUCAAAAGGAACUGCAACCGUGUAAUCCGAUCUACGAUGCCUACUGUCAGAAGAAUUACGCUAAUGGUUAUUGUGAUUUCGGUUGUGAUAACGCUGAGUGUAACUGGGACGGUCUUGAUUGUAGCAACAAGCCGCCUGAGAAAGCUGAAGGUGUUAUAUCGAUGAUCAUCCUAAUGGACAUUCAAGGCUUCAAGAAUAACCUAGUGGCGUUCUUGAGAGACACAAGUCACCAGUUAAGAACCACUGUGAUGGUGAAGAAGGAUCAGUACGGCAACGAUAUGAUCUACCCUUGGAAAGGUUCGGCACCUACUUCCAUCAACGACAAUUAUUACAACAUGAAGCACAGGGUGAUAUACACGGAGCAGACACAGUCAGGAGUGGAGGUGUUCUUGGAACUAGAUAACAGAAAAUGCACGAUGAUCUCGGAGAACUCAGAUUACUGCUUCCAAACGGCUAGCGCGGCUGCUGAGUUCCUCGCAGCUAAGGCCUCGAAACAUACGCUUUCCCAGUCGUUCCCUAUCUACCAAGUCAGCGGAUCUAUAGAUCCCUUUGACGCUCUGGAUACCCCAACGAACGCCAAGUAUGUCAUCUUUGGAAUUAUGAUCAUAUUGGUCUUAACGGCAGUCAUCUUUGGCGUGGUUACGAGUCAGAGGAAGAGAGCUGCUGGAAUCACUUGGUUCCCUGAGGGUUUCCUCAGAACGAACUCUGGUACCAGGAGAAGAUCGAGACGUAGAGGUCCCGAAGGUCAAGAGCUGAGGAAUUUGAGCAACAACAACACUUCAAUGGCUGGAAUGGAUAUGGAAGUCCACGGGCCGCAUGGACAUACUCAUCAAUGGUCUGACGAUGAAGCUGACAUGCCACAACCUAAGCGUUUUAGAGGAAUGGAAACUGGGUAUUCUAGCGACCAUACUGUGAUAACCGAGUACGAAGAGGCUGAACCUAGAGUAUGGACGCAACAACAUCUAGACGCUGCUGACAUCAGAGGUCCUCCGAUGUUAACUCCUCCACAAGUACAUGAUGUCAACGAUAUCAAUGCCAGAGGUCCUUGUGGUAUGACGCCUAUAAUGGUAGCUGCCGUUAGGGGUGGAGGAAUUGAUACUGGAGAGGAAGAUGAAGAUGAUUCAGCAGCUGCCAUCAUCCAAGACCUGGUUGCUCAAGGUGCCGAACUGAACGCUACGAUGGACAAAACAGGGGAGACCUCACUUCAUCUAGCGGCAAGAUACGCUAGAGCUGACGCAGCCAAGCGACUCUUGGACGCUGGUGCAGACGCAAACGCCCAGGACAAUACGGGUAGGACGCCACUGCAUGCAGCCGUCGCUGCAGAUGCUCUAGGUGCCUUCCAGAUAUUGUUGAGGAACAGGGCGACCAACCUAAACGCCAAGAUGCACGACGGUACCACGCCUCUCAUCUUGUCGGCAAGGUUGGCAAUUGAAGGUAUGGUCCAGGAUCUCAUCAGCGCUGAAGCUGAUAUCAACGCUGCUGAUAAUUCUGGAAAGACUGCUCUUCAUUGGGCUGCCGCUGUGAACAAUGUAGAGGCUGUUAAUAUUCUCUUGUCGCACGGUGCAAAUAGAGAUGCCCAAGACGAUAAGGAUGAGACACCGUUAUUCCUAGCUGCCAGGGAAGGCUCCUACCAAGCGUGCAAAGCACUCUUGGAGGCUUACGCCAACAGGGAGAUCACGGAUCAUAUGGACAGACUGCCGAGAGAUGUCGCUAGCGAAAGGUUACACCACGACAUUGUUCGGUUACUGGACGAACAUGUGCCAAGAACUCCACAACAGAUGGUCAACGUCAUCCCCAACAGCUCGAUGAUGACCUCUCCCACAGGUCAAAUGCUGCAACAGCCAACGGUUAUAGUGCCCAAGAGGCAGAAAUCGAAGAGGCCGAGCAAGAACAACAAUAACAACCACAGUGGUGCAAUAGGACCUACUAGUCCGGAAGGUGAAUUGAACGCUGGUAGUAUGAGGAGGAAGGCCACAGCGAAAAAGAGCAACAAGAAGAACGUGAACCACAACGAGAUACCACAAAGUGUGGACUCGAUAACGUCGACGUUGAGCCCUGUGGAGUCCCCGAUGACAAACAUUCCAAGUCCAUACGAUGCCACGUCAAUUUAUUCGAACAUGGGGCUGACGCAAGGCUUGGAGUCGCUCAUGAAUCAGAACAAGCAACCUCCGAGCUACGAAGACGUCAUCAAAAACAACCCCAACAUACAGUUAUUGGGCAUAGACAACUAUGGCACCUACCUGACGAAUUACCAAGACCUGAUGAUGCAGCAACGGCAAGGUCAGCCCAAUACAUUGAGCCCUCCCUACUCGAAUCAGUCACCGCCCCAUUCGGUGCAGUCGAAUAUGUCGUUGUCUCCGCAAGGAUACAACGGUUCCCCCUCCCCGGCCAAGUCAAGGCCGUCCCUGCCUACUAGCCCCACCCACAUAGCUGCGAUGAGGGCGGCGACACAACAGAAACACGGCGGAGUGCCUCAGGCCCAGAAUCUGCAAAUCGCCUAUGAUUUCAUGCAGACCGGUUUGGACUUGCCGUUGGCGCCUUAUACUACAGGCAUGGCCAGUAAUGUGAUGCAACCCCAACAGUACCAACAAAAUUACUUUAUGACACCCCCAAGUCAACAUUCGGAUCAUCUUCUACCCGAUAAUUUCCCAACCCCUUCACCCGAAAGUCCAGGAGAUUGGUCCUCGAGCUCUCCUAGGUCCUGUAACUCGGAUUGGUCAGAGAAUAUAGCCAGUCCAAACACUUACGCUUCCACGGGACAAGCCCCAACGUCCUUUGGUCCAGAAACAGCUUUAACAUACAACUCUAUCGUCUAAGGUGAUAUUAUGUAUCUUUAAUUUUAAUUGGAGUAUGCUGAACAUAACUGCAUGGAUUCUAGUAUCACAUAAGAACAAUGCUGGUUCGAUUUCGAAUCAGUAAUUCAUGGUCUCAUUGUUGUCAUUGCCAAAAAAAAAUUAUUAAGCAUGAUAUUUUUAUAUUUUUUUAUUACUUAUAUGGAAAGGUCCGAAAACCAAUAAAGCCAGAAAAAAUGUUUAAAAGUAAUUUGAAUUCUAUUAAUAACCAUUUUGAAAAAAAGUUUAAAGAAUUAAUCGAACUACUGAAGGACAUAAUAUAUUUUUGGAAAUUCUCUGUUGAUAAUUGUAUAAUAAUUUUUUUAAGGAUUGGCUUUGUUGUUUUUUGGACCUGCUAUUUUGACAAUAUUUGAAUCCUCAAAUUGUGCCUUUGACACAUAUUGUUAUAUUGAUAUGUAAUAUUAUUUUAUUAGGAAUAUAAUACUUAUUUGUACAUAUCUUCCAAUUUUAUUUUAUAAUAAUUUUCUCACUAGUAUAGUCAGAUAAUAAGAUUUUCCUUUUUAUAAAUCUUCCAGGAUACAAUUCCACUCACAGUUUCAGAAAACGGGUUAUCUCAAAUAUCAAAAAAACUGAUAAUUUAGCUAAAAAAAACUCAUACAUCAUAAUUCAUUUGAGUUGGCAUAAAAAUAAUUAUUCAUAUGUGUUUGAAUACUUUUAAGCUCACAGAUGAUGUCUUUAGUAUAAUUUUUUCAAACAGAUUUUCAAUUUAAUUUAUCAUCGACAAUGCAAAUACAUCACAACUCUUCUGUCUUUCAAUUUGUUAUCUCUUUCUAUAUAUUAUUAUGUAAUAUAAAAUAUAUACUUGAAUCAGUUGAUUCAAAUAAUUAUUUAUGUACUAAUUCUAGGAGAAUCAACUGAUUUUCAAAUCCUUGUAAAAAGUACUGAUUAGGUAACAGUGGUUUCAAAUACUUUUAGGUGUAAUUAGAUCAUAAUACUUCAAUCGAAGUAGUAUUUAGUAAUUUUCAUACUAGUUGAGUAUAUAAGAGCUUUGUACUAUAUACAUACAUUUGAUAAAUAAAUUUACCAAUUAAGUUUA